AUGUCGGAUGGAGACAGCGCAGGUACAGCUAUUCGAAGUAUAAAGAAAAAAUCUGAAAAAUUGCUUGUGUCAUAUCGUUCUCGUCUUAGGACAUGCAAGAGGAGCAAGACAAAACUAUGGUGGAGAACUUCUCUAGUUAAGUUUAAUCUUGGACGUUUGUGGCGUGUCUCCCCCAAUAUUUUAUUUAGCAGUUAUGCUAAGAUCAACAGUAGCGAAGCAAGGAGUAAUAAAAGACUGUUUUGGGAUGCUUUCUCAAGACGUGGCUCUAGAAGACGUACAGAUUCCAGGGCCAUUGCUCUAUCGUCUGAUGAUUCUAAUCAUUUGAUGUCUGAUGACAAAUGUCUUCUUGAUAUUAGUGGUGAUUUUGAUGGGGUUGGAGGAGAUUUUAGAUCUUAUUGGAGUAGGACUCAAGGCGUUAAUGAACGAUGGCAUUCAAAUUCUGAGGUAACAUUUUGGAUAACCCAUCUUUAUUUAUUUGAGGGAUCUCUUGAGAUAUCUGGCAAAGACUUCGUGGUGGUCUUGAUACAAGUGAUCACUGAACUGCAGUUUGUCCUAUAUACUAAUGCUGAGGAAUCUGGCACCAGUGUUGGUCUUUCAUGA